ACUUACAAAUAAACGCUGGAUUUGCCUUUCAUUGGACAUUUUCCAGCCCAUUGGGCUUGAGCAAGGAAGUCGUUCGGGCCCAGCCCAAUAGGCAAAUGCAAUUGAACCGAAAUGGCGUCGUUGCCGUAUCGCGAAAAAGGAAAAACCCUUUCAGCUUCUUCAGGGUUUGAAUCGGAAUCUCCAAAAACUCGAAGGAAGCAGAAGUGAGCCUCCCAUGGCGUCCUCGAGAGUUCUGUCUAGAUUAUCGUCCCGAUUAAAGCCCUUCGCUUGCAAUUCCAACAAGAGAUCUUUAGCUUCCGAGUUCUCUUCACUCAAAUCAGCUUCUUUCUCUGAGGCUUCUCUUCUUACUGGUCGGUUUCGUCGCACUUCAAGAUUACCAUUGCAAUUGAGCAGUGUUGAGUCGAUGAUGCCGUUACACAGCGCAGUGGCUUCAGCAAGAUUAAUAUCGAGCUUGUCCAUUGAAUCUCAGCACUGGGGAUUGGUUCCUCAAGGAAUUUCAAUGCCUUUAUGACAGUCUUCCUAUGCCUAGAGUUGUCUCUAUUUGAUGGCUUUGUAGUGUUAACAUAGACAUUUUGUUUUAAAGUGCCUUCGGAGUUUGGAGGCUAGAGAAUUAAAUGGUUUUAUCAGGAAUCUGUAUCUGUUUUCUUCAUUUCCUUUCCUCAAAUUCUCUUUUUAGAGAUGCUAAGAAAAGUUUUGCGUAAUCCAAAACAAAAUACACAUUAUCAUUGAUAAAAGUGCCCAACAAUA